AUGCCCACAUGCAAGAACGCCCCGAUUUGUGGGACGCAAUUGCACCCUUCUCCGUCUUGCUACUACGGAGGACAGAACGGUGGAGACAGGAGAGACCAACUCUCAACUCUCAAGGAAUACGUCGUUGCCCUCAUCUGUCAGAUGCACUCCACCCCUACGGUACAUCCCAGGGACACACUUCUUAAUGUCAGGGUGGAGAAUUCCCUGAAAUGCGUACACCGGCUGAUUGACGAAGCGCCGGGCCCUCUCUAUGCACUUGUUUAUCUUAUGGUCCCACUGGAACAUCCAGCGCCUCUACUCGAUAUCAGAGAAGACCACUGUUGUCCCGGGAAACAUUCAGAUGACCACCUCUAAGUCAACGCACCUGUGCCGACCCCUUGGUGUAUCCCAAGUCGUUUCUACCGAGGUGGAUGACUAGGAUGUCAGGGGGAGAAGUAGCACAGGCCCUCUGCUGGCCCAGAACACAAAGCAGUUUGUGCCACUUCAUGCCUUGCUCGCCGAGCCACCUAAUGUGACAGUCAAUAAUGUAUGUAAAUAGUUCAUGGGUAGGCUACAUGUUGAUUAUUUGUGUAUUUUCCAGGAGCUUGCUUGAUUGGGUUUCUGUUUUUUCUCCUCCCUCUGGAAAAUCAGCUGUUAAUAUUAAAUAAAUACUAAUAACUACAUUAUUUCUGUUGCCAGUUGUCAUUAUUGUGUACUUGUAUUGCUGUGUUAUGCUGUAUUAUAAUGUUGUAUAAUAAUGUUGCAUAAUCACCUUCCAGUGUAAAAACUAUGGAAAUGAAAAACUAAAAACUACGUUUUAAGUGAGAAGUAGGCAUUGGUCUGAAGCCGAAAAAUAAAGGAAGAGCACCACAAUGCCUACUCCACCCAUGCUCUACCAAGGCUUUCCAGCACACAGCUUUGACCUACUACAGUAGUUAUUUUGGUCUAUUGUACUUCAAACAAUGUGUAUGUAGGUUGCUUAGGAUUCAAACCAUAGUUUUUUGUUUUUAAUAACAUACACAGUGCUGCUACAGUCAUUAUGUCCUCUGAAUGCUCCGCACAAAACGUGUGUCAUCCCCAAAAUCCACAAAUGUCCUGACGUUUUGAACCCGUUUCAAUCGGAGUGUCAGGGACGGGAAUGUCUUCCCAAUGAGGAUUUUACAUUGAACAUGAACCAAAUGGAAUAUUUCAUUGUAGUUUAUAAUGAUGGCAUUAGAGUGCCACUCAGUCACUAGCUCUAACAGAGACAUAUUUAAAUCAAGGUGGCCUACAUUGCCAGAGAAAUUCAAUGGGAGAAUAGAGCUCGUCAAUGAAGAAUACCUCGUCAAUGGACUUUAUUGAUUCAGCCUCAAAGCUCUUUCCGGACAGUUAAAGGGUUCCGGUGGUAAUAGACAAACAGAUAAAGGGUUCCAGUGGUAAUAGACCAACAGAGAAAGGGUUCCGGUCGUAAUACGGUAGUCGGUAGAGCAACAGAUAAAGAGUUCUGGUGGUAAUAGACAAACAGAUAAAGGGUUCCAGUGGUAAUAGACCAACAGAUAAAGGGUUCCAGUGGUAAUAGACAAACAGAUAAAGGGUUCCAGUGGUAAUAGACAAACAGAUAUUGUAGCCUGUAGUUGUAGCCACAUAUUUUCUACAUUUCACCAGAUGUUUUCACAAGCCUCAUACUUUUCAUUUAAUUGGAUUAUACAAGGUAAUCACCUAUGGUUUAGGUCAUGGGUUGGGUUAUCUGCAUAAUGAUAAAUUAGGUUUUCCCAAAUUAACAGUGACCUGAAAUAAUAUGUUACACUACGUGUAUCAUUAUGAACUGGCACUGAACAUUAGAUGAGUCUUUGUGUUCCUCUAAAGCAGUUUCAGGUCAAGACCUAUUCUUACCAUAUCUAUAAAGCACAUCGUAAUUGUCCUUGACUCUCCUCCCCUUCACCCUCCCUCUCCCCUCCUCUGUCCUGUAGCCCUGCAGGUAGUUCUGUCAGCAGGCAGAGACUGUCUGGUGGCGGGGGACUCGUGCUCCAGCGACGAGACCUGCAGCCCACGUCUGCGGACCCUGCGUCAGUGCGUGGCGGGCGAUGGCAGCAUGAAGCUGGGCCCUGGGGCUCGGAGCCAGUGCGCCAACGCCGUGUCGGCCUUGCUCUCCAGCCCCCUACACGGCUGCCAGUGCAAGCGGGGCAUGAAGAAGGAGAAGAACUGCCUCAGCAUCUACUGGAGUCUCCAUCAGUCUGUCAUACACGGUGAGCAACUUAGCCAUUUGCUCAGUCAUUUGUAUCGGAUGGGACAACGGCCAAGUCCAUUUACGUAACACAGGUUACAGAUUUAACUCUCUACCAACAACACAAUGUGGCUGAUGCAGCUUAGUCAUGAUGCCUGGCAAACAGUCAGUCAUCAGUCACCACACCUGGUGUCACUGUGGAACAAAUGACUGAAGGUCCUUGAAUUAUUUUCUGUAUUAACCUGCAUGAGAGAUAGUAAACGACUAUAGGAAAUGAAAAAUGUGUGAAUUAGGCUUGGCCAGUAUCCAGAUUGUCAUACCUUCAUACCGACCUUGUGCCAUACCGGGAUAUUCGGUAAUACCGGCCCUGAACACAAGGGCCGCUGUUUUCAAACCCCACUGAUGCUCUGUAAACUGAAGGUUAGCAAUGCUAACAAGUACAUGUAAAAUCCCAUAGAGAAUGCUAACGCAUUGCAAAUAUUUUGUACAGUUUCUAACCUAAACUAUAUAAGUAUACAAGUAACUCAAAAAUGCUAGUCACAGUUUGCUGCACACACAAAAAAAAAUAUUAGCCAGCAAGGCUCUUGAUCCAGGAGGGGAUUCUAUGCUGUUACCAAGCAGAUGUUUAAUUUUGGAAGAAGCUAACCACUUAGCUAGAUAGCUAACUAGCUACUAAAUUAGCAAACCAAAUGCACAACUUCAGAGCAUUUAGCACAUUUAGACAGUUAACUUAAUAGUUAUAUGAUAUCUAGCUGGCAAACAUUUAGUAGUGAAUUCCAUACUGUAAUUAUAUCACCUAGCGCAUGCUGCACAACAGUGAGUGACUCACAAGGCUCCGGUCUCUAGUCUCAACCCCACGUGACUGGGGACUACCGUAUACUUCAUAAUAAUGACAGGUGAAAUGAAGAACACAAUGUUCUUUAUCUCCUAACGUAUUGCUCAAGUUGACUUCAGGUUUUUACUUAAAAAGUAGUUACCGAUAUUCAAAUGUAUAAAAAAAACUUCAAAGAAAUAGUUUAAACGGUACUGACAGUAUUGAAAAACCACCCCAUGGCUUUUUCUAAAUAUCCCUGUUUACACUAUAUACAGUAUACCGUCCAAUCCUAGUGUGAAUCAUGUUCAAUCGCUCCAAAGGGAUAGUGUGUCAUUACCGUGUCAUUCCAAAUCCUCUCAGGACUCAACCUGGUAGAGAGUUACCCUUAUGAAGCAAUGGAGAGAGACUACGACUACGUUCGUCUGGCCUCCAUCACGGCUGGUAAGUACGUUGACCUCGGUUCGUUUUGACAAUGAACCAGAGGUUUCAUGUUGAAAAGAACCCGUCUUGUAUCGUUUAGGUCCCCCUGGUAGGCAGCCUUAGGCAUAGAAGAGUCCACAUUGUGUCCUGGAGGCAUAGUUAAAAAUGAAAGUGUUUUCCAUGAGUCUGAACACAAUUAUCAAUAUUACAAAUGAUAUGUUUGUUUCCAAGCCCCUCAUUUACAUCUGAUUUAACAUUUCGUUUUCAGGAAGAGAAGUACAGAGGAACAAUGAACCUUAGAACAAUAGAGGAACUAGAUUUGAAAUUAUUCAUACCCCUUCACUUAUUCCACAUUUUGUUGUGUUACAGCCUGAAUUCAAAUUAGAUUACAUAAUGACAAAAUUAAAACAUGUUUUUAGAAAUUGUGGCAAAUUUAAUGAAAAUGAAAAUGAAAUACCGAAAUACAGUGGGGGAAAAAAGUAUUUAGUCAGCCACCAAUUGUGCAAGUUCUCCCACUUAAAAAGAUGAGAGAGGCCUGUAAUUUUCAUCAUAGGUACACGUCAACUAUGACAGACAAAUUGAGAAAAAAAAAUCCAGAAAAUCACAUUGUAGGAUUGUUAAUGAAUUUAUUUGCAAACUAUGGUGGAAAAUAAGUAUUUGGUCACCUACAAACAAGCAAGAUUUCUGGCUCUCACAGACCUGUAACUUCUUCUUUAAGAGGCUCCUCUGUCCUCCACUCGUUACCUGUAUUAAUGGCACCUGUUUGAACUUAUCAGUAUAAAAGACACCUGUCCACAACCUCAAACUGUCACACUCCAAACUCCACUAUGGCCAAGACCAAAGAGCUGUCAAAGGACACCAGAAACAAAAUUGUAGACCUGCACCAGGCUGGAAAGACUGAAUCUGCAAUAGGUAAGCAGUUUGGUUUGAAGAAAUCAACUGUGGGAGCAAUUAUUAGGAAAUGGAAGACAUACAAGACCACUGAUAAUCUCCCUCGAUCUGGGGCUCCACGCAAGAUCUCACCCUGUGGGGUCAAAAUGAUCACAAGAACGGUGAGCAAAAAUCCCAGAACCACACGGGGGGACCUAGUAAAUGACCUGCAGAGAGCUGGGACCAAAGUAACAAAGCCUACCAUCAGUAACACACUACGCCGCCAGGGACUCAAAUCCUGCAGUGCGAGACGUGUCCCCCUGCUUAAGCCAGUACAUGUCCAGGCCCGUCUGAAGUUUGCUAGAGUACAUUUGGAUGAUCCAGAAGAGGAUUGGGAGAAUGUCAUAUGGUCAGAUGAAACCAAAAUAGAACUUUUUGGUAAAAACUCAACUCGUCGUGUUUGGAGGACAAAGAAUGCUGAGUUGCAUCCAAAGAACACCAUAGCUACUGUGAAGCAUGGGGGUGGAAACAUCAUGCUUUGGGGCUGUUUUUCUGCAAAGGGACCAGGAUGACUGAUCCGUGUAAAGGAAAGAAUGAAUGGGGCCAUGUAUCGUGAGAUUUUGAGUGAAAACCUCCUUCCAUCAGCAAGGGCAUUGAAGAUGAAACGUGGCUGGGUCUUUCAGCAUGACAAUGAUCCCAAACACACCGCCCGGGCAACGAAGGAGUGGCUUCGUAAGAAGCAUUUCAAGGUCCUGGAGAGGCCUAGCCAGUCUCCAGAUCUCAACCCCAUAGAAAAUCUUUGGUUGAAAGUCUGUGUUGCCCAGCGACAGCCCCAAAACAUCACUGCUCUAGAGGAGAUCUGCAUGGAGGAAUGGGCCAAAAUACCAGCAACAGUGUGUGAAAACCUUGUGAAGACUUACAGAAAACGUUUGACCUGUGUCAUUGCCAACAAGGGGUAUAUAACAAAGUAUUGAGACACUUUUGUUAUUGACCAAAUACUUAUUUUCCACCAUAAUUUGCAAAUAAAUUCAUUAAAAAUCCUACAAUGUGAUUUUCUGGAAAAAAAAUCUCAUUUUGUCUGUCAUAGUUGACGUGUACCUAUGAUGAAAAUUACAGGCCUCUCUCAUCUUUUUAAGUGGGAGAACUUGCACAAUUGGUGGCUGACUAAAUACUUUUUUCCCCCACUGUAUUUAAUUUAUAUAAGUAUUCACACCCCUGAGGAAAAUACUUUGUAGAAGCACCUUUGGCAGCAAUUACAGCUGUGAGGCUUUAUGGGUAAGUCUCUAAGAACUUUCCACAUCUGGAUUGUGCAACAUUUGCCCAGUAUUCUUUUCAAAAUUCUUCAAGCUCUGUCAAAUUGGUUGUUGAUCAUUGCUAGACAACCAUUUUCAGGACUUGCCGUAGAUUUAAAUCAAAACUGUAACUCGGCCACUCAGGAACAUCCACGGUCUUCUUGGUAAGCAGCUCCAGUGUAGAUUUGGUGUUGUGUUUUAGGUUAUUGUCCUGCUGAAAGGUGAACUCAUCUCCAAGAGUCUUGUGGAAAGCAGACUGAUCCAGGUUUUACUCUAGGAUUUUGCCUGUGCUUAGCUCCAUUCCGUUUAUUUCUUAUCCUGAAAAACUCCCCAGUCCUUAACGAUUACAAGAAUAGCCAUAACAUGAUGCAGCCAAAACUAUGCUUAAAAAAAACUCUCUUGUAUUGGAUUUGCCCCAAACAUAACACUUUGUUUUCAGGACAAAAAGGUUAAUUGCUUUGCCACAUUUUUUGCAGUAUUACUUUAGUGCCUUGUUGCAAACAGGAUGCAUGUUUUUGAAUAUUUUUUUAUUAUUUUCACUCUGACAAUUUGGUUAAUAUUGUGGAGUAACUACAAUGUUGUUGAUCCAUCAUCAGUUUUCUCCUAUCACAGCCAUUCAACUCUGUAACUGUUUUAAAGGGCUCCCGAGUGGCGCAGCGGUCUAAGGCACUGCAUCUCAGUGCUUGAGGUGUCACUACAGACCCCCGGUUCGAUUCCAGGCUGUAUCACAACCGUCCGUGAUUGGGAGUCCCAUAGGGCAGUGCACAAUUGGCCCAGUGUCGUCCGGGUUUGGCCGGUGUAGGCUGUCAUUGUAAAUAAGAAUUUGUUCUUAACUGACUUGCCUAGUUAAAUAAAGGUUAAUAUUUUUUUAAAGUCAUCAUUGGGCUCAUGGUGAAAUCCCUGAGCGGUUUCCUUCCUCUCUGGCAACUGAGUUAGGAAGGACACCUGUAUCUUUGUAGUGACUGGGUGUAUUGAUACACCAUCCAAAGUGUAAUUAAUAACUUCACCAUGCUCAAAUGGACAUUCAAUAUCUUUUUUUUUUUUUUUUACCCAUCUACCAAAAGGUGUAAUUCUUUGUGAGGCAUUGGAAAACCUCCCUGGUCUUUGUGGUUGAAUCUGUGUUUGAAAUUCACUGCUCGACUGAGGGAUCUUACAAAUAAUUGUAUGUGUGGGGUACAGAGAUGAGGUAGUCAUUCAAAAAUGUUGUUAAACACUAUUAUUUCACACAGAGUGAGUCCAUGCAACUUAUUAUGUGACUUGCUAAGCACAUUUUCACUCCUGAACUUAUUUAGUAAUGCCAUAACAAAGGUGCUGAAUACUUAUUGACUCAAGACAUUUCAGCUUUUCAUUUAUAAUUAAUUUGUACAAAAAAACAAAAAAUAACGUAAUUCCACUUUAUAGGGUAUUGUGUGUAGGCCAGUGACAUUUUUCUUCUCUCUCAAUUUAAUCAAUUUUAAGUUCAGGCUGAACCACAACAAUAUGUGGAAAAAGUCAAGGGUGUGAAUACUUUCUGAAGGCACUGUAUCACUGAUAGGUGAUAUACCAUUUACCCAAAAAGUAUUGCUCUGUCUUUCUCUUGUUAUUGUAUGGUUCUCUGAUCCCUGGUUCCUCCUUCCCUUGCGCCAACAGACUCUGAGGCCGGCAUGGCGACGGUGAACCGCUGCCUGGAUGCAGCCAAGGCAUGUAAUGUCGACGACCUGUGCCAAAAGCUCCGCACAGAGUACGUAUCUGCCUGCAUCAAGCCCUCAGCCAAGUCUGGCCUCUGCAACAAGGUCAAGUGCAACAAGGCCUUACGCCGGUUCUUUGAUCGGGUCCCUCCAGACUACACACACGAGCUACUCUUCUGCCCCUGCACGGACAUGGCGUGCGCAGAGCGACGCAGGCAGACCAUAGUUCCCGGCUGCUCCUUCGAGGGCUCGGACAAACCCAGCUGCCUGACACAGCUGCGUAUUUGCAAGGCCGACUAUGUGUGCAGGUGAGUGAGAGACUCUAAUAACACAACACACUGUUAAUGUGCAAUAUACUGUAGGCCUACCUACAGUAUUUACUGACUUUCCCCUUUGGGACAUAGGGCACAAUGAGUUGCUACCACUCAUUUCUGUUCUUGGUCAUGUUGUGCCUCAGCUUGCUCCCAGAGGGGUAGAUCUCUGCCAGCUCAUCUCUCUCAGUCUGGUACUCUGAGUGUAAGAUGUUUAACAUUGGCUCCCAAACUUGUUUUCACUUUUAUAGAAAAACUGUAGAGUUGUUUGUAUUAUCUUGUGACCCACCAACUCAACCAAACCAAGACAGUCUUUAGUCCUGACCCAGACAGUACCAGCUGUGACCCACCAUUGGGGCUGUGACCCAUUAUUUGGGAACCACCCUGCUAUCAACACACAAAACAGAACAAGCAAAGCACUCAAUCAACAAAAUGGCUCAAUAUUCUACGCCCAAACCCCCUGGAGAGUCUGCUAUAAUAACACAUAAAAUAUUUAACACAGAUAAAACGUAAGAUGGAUCAGAGUUAUCACUCAUUGCAAUCGCUGGUCAUGACCAUUAUUUUCACCACCCCUUUUACUGCUCUGGGGCUGAACUAAUGAUUCUGGCUUGUGGAAUGAAACAAAUAAAAUAAACCAAUGCCCGUCACUGCAGUCCGCCACAUAGCCUUAAACAUACUAGUGUUGUACCAAAUCUAUAGCUCAUGGAGAUAGCGAAGCCCUGUCUUCCUCCAGUGAAAACAAUUAAAUAAAACAUGCUAUCUUUACGGUAUGCUGUCGUUGUAAUUGGUGUCCGGCCCUUGUUCGCUACUAAACAGUGCUAGUUGUGUUGGCUCUGUGUAGGUCCCGUCUGGCUCAGUUCCAAUACGACUGCCAACCAGCCGAGUCGUCUGCCAACGGCUGCAAGCAGGGGAACUAUGGAGCCUGUCUACUCGCCUACACAGGCCUGAUAGGUGGGUACAGAGAUGAAGAGAGCGAAUGUGAAACGGAUGGGAGAAAGGAUGGGAGAAAGGAUGGGAGAAAGGAUGGGAGAAAGGAUGGGAGAAAGCCGAACGUGGAGGAUAGGGUAAAUCGAUGAAUAAAGAACAGGAGAAAGAGAAAAUGAAGUAUUUAACAUACAGAAUGUGAGUGGAGAAAAUGUAACUAGCCUACAGUGUACUGAAAUGGAGAAAGCAGUUAGAUACAUGGGAAAUUAGGAGUGAGGGAAGGUAAACUAAUGAAUAAAGAACAGGAGAAAGAGUGAAAGGAAAUAUUUACUUUGGAGGGGAAAUUAAAGUUACUAUUUAAAGGAGCUACAUGUAACAAUUCAGCAAUACUUCAGAUUCCCUUGUGGUUUUCAAAGUAUAUCUUAGAAAUACCAGAAAUAGCUUAUGCACUGCUUUCUGACCUUAUCAUAACCCAAAAAACAUCUGCUGCAUGGGCGUGAGGUAAUGUUAUGUUGUUUAUUUUUGCAACCUUACGAACGAGAACCAAUCAUGAAACAGGAAGAUGCUGAUGCAUGUACCUUCACGGAAACUAUUUGCUAUUUGCAGGUGGAAAUGCUACAUGUAGCUUCUUUAAUACUGUAGGCCUAUAGUGAAUGAGUAUGAGUAGGAUUUGAGUAGAUCCUAUUUGUGGAGGUUUAAAGCAGUACAGAUGUAGGAUCUUAAUUUGACCCGUAUUGUCGUAGCAAAACAAUCCUGCAGCAACAGGAUUUCAAAGUAAAGUCCAUAAUGUUGCUUGAUCGGUGAUUAGGCUAUUAACUUUGUUUUAUGCACUCGCUCAAAGAACGGCCAUUUAUUUUUCAUGCUCUUGAAAAGAGCACAAAGCGACCUAAUGCAUUUCAAGAGCUUCCUAUGGUGCCCUUCAGCACAAACAAACACUUGCCAUUUUCAUUCCUGGCCUGUAUUUAUUAAGCACUUGAAAACUUUCCACUCCAUUUCAGAACUUGGGAGAGAAAUGGCACACAAACACUUCCAAACGUUUUCAAAGGAAGCACAAAUUGAAGCGUCUUUGACAAGCAACAGAUAACUGGCAAGAAUUACCCUCAACACACUUGAUAUUGUGUCUGCAUUUCUGCUCAUUUCUUGAACAAUAUUCCCCCUUACAUUGUGCGAGUGAACUGUGAAUUGCAAAUACUGUUCAUAAAUGUUUGAAUUUGUAUAACAUUGUAAAAACAGUCUUGUAACAAUGGGUCUUUGGAGGGAAUAAAUAUUUGAUACUGAACUGAGCACACAUUGUUUCUACAGGCAGCUCGAUAACUCCCAACUAUGUGGAUAACUCCACAUCUAGCGUGGCCCCAUGGUGCUCCUGCUCUGCCAGUGGGAACCAGAGAGAAGAGUGCUCCGACUUCCUGGAAUACUUCACCGACAACGUCUGUCUCAGUGAGUGCCUCCCAACGGCUCCUAAUCCAUCAAGACAUCACUGAAAGCAGUCUCCAGUGACUUAGAAUGGAGGUUCCAUAGGGCUCUGGUCAAAAGUGGUGCACUAUACAAGGAAUAGGGUUUAAUAUGGGAUGCAGCCUUAGUGUAGGGUUGUGUUCACUAUGCAUGAAAUGGAGGAAAACAGCCCAAGGUACUAUCUGAACUUUUGGAAAUGUUUUGAAACGUUUUGCUACGGUGUUCCCUAAUGAACAUGUUAGAAAGGUUUAGACUGGGGAAGAACAAGAGCAACAUCGUCUUGUAUCUCAAAAAGCCCUAUUUCUGUAAAGUAUUGUUCCUUAUGUUCUAAUGGUACAUGAUAUGGGGCGAAUUCAUGGAAGGUAGUGAUAAUUCACUUAAGUGUUGUUAGGCCCGAUUCGAAGUCGAGGCCCGACAAACCGUGCCAAUAUAUCCUCCAAACACUGGUUUCGAGGGCAUUAUCACUUUUAUACAACGGGUUACCAACAUAUCCAAAUAAUGAUUGACAUAUUUUCAAUAAAAACGUUAUUUUGAUUAAUUUAUUCGUACUAUUUCAUCCUUCAACAAGAUAUAGUCCCGACACAAAUCUAGGGUUCCUAGAGACGCGACCCAGUCGUUCACUCUUUUUGUUCUGUAUCUAUGGACGCGACCCAGUUGUUCGUUCUAAAUGUUCCAUUGCAAUACUGACUGGCAACGUUCUUGUCCUUUGCUUGCUAAGCUAGCCAACUACGGCUAAUUUACAGUUACGUCAAAAAGUUCAGCCAGAAUAACAGCCAGCAAAAUAGCUGCAUUUGCAUUUGUUUAAGCUGUUUUCUAGUGACAUUUAUUUGGAUACAUCCAAAACAAUGACCUAAUGAGGCGCGAUUUCGCCUGGCAUAGAAAAUGUGCUCACUCGUCAGGACACUGUUGUUCAGAGGAGCUAGCCAACAACACAGCUACAGUAACACAAUCACUUCAGACUGAAGCUGGAAAGACUGCACAUUAGCUGUGUUUCGUUUGACCUUUUUUCAAUGGACAUUUAUUUUGUAUAUAUCCAUAAAAAUUAUGCCAGCUGAUUCAUGAUUUCGACUGGCUGAGAAACGCUGCCUGCCUUUCUGUCUCGUCCAGACUCCCGACACGUUCAAUACUAUGGGACAGCAGGAGACAAACAGCAAGGUUUAUACAAAUAUCCACUGUUGAAAACAAAAUGUUAGUCUAAAAGAAAUGUGAGAUAAUGUCUAGAUGCUUUUUAGAGUGGAUAUCAAGUUUGAAUGGGUUGAUUAGACAGUGGAUUGCGCAGUCAGAUGGAACAGUGUAAAUAGUUAUUUUAACGUCAUAGAUUUAGCUGGUGGUAACUUCAGGAAUAGACACCGGCUGGAAUGAGGUUUUAACCAAUCAGCAUUCAGGAUUAGACCCACCCGUUGUAUAAAGUUGAAUAGCCAUCGUGAUUGUUAACGUGAAUGUGUGACAUCUGUAGCAGGUUUUAGGCGAUAAAGCAGAGAUUUACUCCAUGAGUUCUGGGGAUUUUGCCUGUCAGUGUUUUGUCAUGUCUCUCAUAUGAGCCUACACUCUUAGAAAAAAGGGUUACAAAAGGGUUAUACAUGCAUCCCAAUAGGGUUUGACCUGGAACCAAAAGGGUUCUACAUGCAUCCCAAUAGGGUUUGACCUGGAACCAAAAGGGUUCUACAUGCAUCCCAAUAGGGUUUGACCUGGAACCAAAAGUGUUCUACCUGGAAUAAAAAAGGGUUAUUCAAAGGGUUCUCCUAUGGGGACAGCUGAAUAACCAUUUUAGGUUCUAGAUAGCACCUUUUUUUCUAAGUAUGUACUGGUAAAUCUCUUUACUAUACUUGAUUUAGAUUUUUGCUUAGAUUUAUUUUCUCUCUGAGGAAUGAUUAAUCCAACAGCUCAAAAACAACACUAUGGUUUUCUAUUACAAUAAUUGGUCUGCGCAAAAAUGCCUUUGCAGUUAUUCAACAUAUUUUUUAAAUUGUUGAUAGAAAUAAGGGAUGGUGUUACUCCUUGUUCAACCUAGCCUAUUUGCAUUGAUGAAUACCUGCGCCAACUGACUACAGCAAAUUGGGCUCAGUAGGAGGAGUAGAACGAGCAGAUUAUAGAAAGGGAAUUUGACAGGGGGGAAAUGUGAUAGAAUGAAGCAGAUGUGUCCCACACCAGUUAGUUACCUGUAGGCUCAACAGCAGUGAAGGAAGAUGUUAAAGAGUUAUCUCCUCUGUAGGAGAAUUACCAGUCAGAGUUUUGGUCUCUUGCUCUCUCUCUUUCUUUCACUUCCUCUCUUUCUCUCCCCCUCUUUUUCUCUCUAUCUCUGUCUCUCUUUCUUUCUCCAUCUCUCUCUCAUGAAUCAUCCCCUUCAUGCUGUAUCCUUGGUAAUUCCACCUGGGUGUUCACAGUGCCUUCCCUGAGUGAAAAGGAAAUAGGUUAGCCCUGUGAUUCUAAAGUAAUGACUUAUUUAUUCAUUUACCCUCUGUCUUAACGGCUUGUGCAUUUAUUCCUGUUUCAACAGUUGAUGUAAAUAUUGGCUUAGAAGACUCAACCUACAGACUUAACCCAUAAUAGCACAGUAAUAAUUGCAUUAUUGCAUGUAAUAAGUGUAGUAUCACCUCACGUGAUGGGAGACAAGCUAGUUCCACCUUCUAAUGGUUUAUGGAGAGGGAAAGGAGGGUGAAAUACAAUAUGGUGCUUGUGUGAUAUGUUUAUGAUCCCUUAUAGAAGAUGAAGAGUGCUUUCAACCACAUGACCCAGACCUUCACUAUCAGCUUUAUUUCAGGAGCAUCAUGUGUCAGCAUGGUGACUCAGUACACAAAGUUUCCUGGGAUUUUUUCUCUCUCACCCUAAUGGUCUUCCAUCUCUAUUCCAAUUUUGCUUAUGCCCUUUCUAUGUAGUGAAUAAUUAAUCGUCCUUAUUAUUGACUUUGCUACAGUGUUUUUCAUCUGACCUGUUUAAACAGACAGGGGCUAUCCUCCUCCCGGAGAGCGCAAGGUAAAUCUGGUUUCCACUAGAUAGCGCGGGCACAAAGUCAAAAUUGGCUAUAUCUUAAUACAUUCUUUUUUUAAUUAGCUUUUUGGUCUUCAUUUAAGGUUAGAGAUAGGCAUAAGGUUUGAAGUGUGGUUAAGGUUAGAUAUAGGCAUAAGGUUUGAAGUGUGGAUAAGGUUAGAGAUCGGCAUAAGGUUUGAAGUGUGGAUAAGGUUAGAGAUAGGCAUAAGGUUUGAUGUUUGGAUAAGGUUAGAGAUAGGCAUAAGGUUUGAAGUGUGGAUAAGGUUAGAGAUAGGCAUAAGGUUUGAAGUGUGGAUAAGGUUAGAGAUAGGCAUAAGGUUUGAAGUGUGGAUAAGGUUAGAGAUCGGCAUAAGGUUUGAAGUGUGGAUAAGGUUAGAGAUAGGCAUAAGGUUUGAUGUUUGGAUAAGGUUAGAGAUAGGCAUAAGGUUUGAAGUGUGGAUAAGGUUAGAGAUAGGCAUAAGGUUUGAAGUGUGGAUAAGGUUAGAGAUAGGCAUAAGGUUUGAAGUGUGGAUAAGGUUAGAGAUAGGCAUAAGGUUUGAAGUGUGGAUAAGGUUAGAGAUAGGCAUAAGGUUUGAAGUGUGGAUAAGGUUAGAGAUAGGCAUAAGGUUAGCAGUGUGGAUAAGGUUAGAGAUAGGCAUAAGGUCAGCAGUGUGGAUAAGGUUAGAGAUAGGCAUAAAGUUAGCAAAGGGGAUAAGGUUAUGGUUUAAGUUUAAAAUACCAUUUUAAGAAGAUAAAUUGUAGAAAUAGGCGGGCUUUAUGACUUUGUGGCUGUGGUAAACAGUGACAACCAGUGAAUCUAGAGCCAUCAGAUAGCCUCCUCCUCUCCUCUCCUCUCCUCUCCUCUCCUCUCCUCUCCUCUCCUCUCCUCUCCUCUCCUCUCCUCUCCUCUCCUCUCCUCUCCUCUCCUCUCCUCUCCUCUCCUCUCCUCUCCUCUCCUCUCCUCUCCUCUCCUCUCCUCUCCUCUCCUCUCCUCUCCUCUCCUCUCCUCUCCUCUCCUCUCCUCUCCUCUCCUUGGUGGCCUCUCCUCCUCUCCUCUCUUUCCUCACUUCGCCUCUCCUCUCUUCUCCUAUACUCAGUGGCCUCUCCUCUCCUCGGUGGCCUCUCCUCUCCUCGGUGGCCUCUCUUCUCCUCGGUGGCCUCUCCUCUCCUUCUCCUCUCCUCUCCUCCCUUUCCUCGCUUCGUCUCUCCUCUCUUCUACUCGGUGGCCUCUCCUCUUCUCAGUGGCCUCUCCUCUCCUCGGUGGCCUCCCCUCUCCUCGGUGGCCACUCCUCGAUGGUCUCUACUCUCCUCGGUGGCCUCUCCUCUCCUCGGUGGCAUCUCCUCUCCUCUGUGGCCUCUCCUCUCCUCAGUGGCCUCUCCUCUCCUCUCUACUCCUCUCCUCUGUGGCCUCUCUUCUCCUCAGUGGCCUCUCCUCUCCUCUCCUCUCUACUCCUCUCCUCGGUGGCCUCUCCUCUCCUCUGUGGCCUCUCCUCUCCUCAGUGGCCUCUCCUCUCCUCAGUGUCCUCUCCUCUCCAUGACAAAAAAGGACAAAGAGUGAGGUCUCAGACUUGUUUGGCCAAUGCCACUCGUCUGUGAGUUAAUGAGAGGAUGUGGAGAGGCAGGUGCAGUUGGGUAAACCUGAAGAGAAUACUGAGUAUUCGCCUUUUCUUCUCCACCGAGCAAAUCCAAACUUGCCUGAGCCGAGCCGCUCAGGCAGAAUGCAGAAUGGGUCCUGACUGUGCAGUAACUGAAUGUGGGCGUGAUUGGAAAUUGAUGAAGACGUGUCAGGUCCAUUUCGGGAGCCUUGAGUCAAAUUGUCUCUUCUCUUCUCACACUGUACCUGUUGUCAUCUUGUUAAACAGGGAAUGCCCUCCUGGCUUUUGGGAGCGGGACAGAUAUGGCACCCACGCCCAGUCUAUUGGGACCACUCAGCCCUGCCACAGGCAGAAAGAGCCAUGCCACCACCCCUCUGCCUGCUACCGUGGAGACCACACGGAACGUUCCGGACCCAAUUAUACCAACACAGGUGUGGUGAUUGUUUUGUUGAUUGUUUUGUCAGGGUCAGAGCUAGAAUGGGAUAAAAUAGAUAUUUGUUCAGUUGUUUGUACAGUGUUAAAAAAAAAGGAGUUGCCAAGAGUUGAAACCUUUGCCAGUUAAGUUCAGGGAGGUUAUAGUUGCAUAUUUACAGUACUCCCACCUGAUCACCUUUGACUUAUGUUUUUUAAAUUUGAAUCAGAAUGGUGGAGCAUAUCUUUUUUUUGGCCCUUGACAGUGAAUAAUACCUCUCUAGUUUUGUUCUUUUCUGUUUCAGGCUAACCAUGUGGGCUUCAAUGUUUUUUGGUCAACAUUGAUCUCUCUUUCUCACCCUUAGGCCAGCGGAAACGACCGACUGUGGGGAGAUUCUACCCUCCCAUUGGAUGGGCUCCCAAACUCUGCCUCCUCACUUGGCCUUCUGCCUCCAACGGCCUUUACCGGCUUUGUGCUCCUACUUCUACUCUUUUAUGGACAUUAAAGGAGGAAGCACUGCCAAGGACCACCCAUAGAGCAGAUGGGAUGAUUUGUUCACAAAUUCAAGAGAAAUUGGACUCUUUGGCCAAUAAGCUACACUUCCUCCGAAACAUGUACAGCAUAGUCGUUUUUAUAUUUUUGUGUCUUAGUGGUUCAAUUGCACCUGCGAGUCCUUUAAGUGUACAGAGAGGGACUGAGACAUAUUGAAACCAAUCUGUACAUUGUAAUCGCUUCAAGUCAAGAUAAAAGUACUUUUUAUGUGGACUAACCUACCAUCCAGCUAUCCGAGCACAUCCAGUGAAUUUAAAAAGCGCCAUCGGAAACUACACGGUUAUCCUUUAAGAUCUAUAUAUAAAUGGAAACUCUUACCUGAAAUGUUGUCAUGAGAAACGGACUCCAAUGAACUGUCUUUGUUUCAUACUCAACUGCACAAACUGAUUGGAAAAGACCCUUGAGGAUAUAAGGGCUUUAAUACCGUUGGCUUUGACCUGACUGAAGGAGGAACAUUAUUUCUGAUCAAUACUGGAAUGGUAGAGAUGGACAAUGGAGCUACGGCUUAUUCAGCCAUUCUGGACAAAUACCCUGACUCAGAUCAUUCCAAGUGCUGUCGGCUGCAAGAGAUAUGGAAACCACAGAAUACCUGGGACAGCUCUGACCUAAUGAUUAUCAUGCCCGCAGUGAAGAUUGGGCACUUUGUCAAUCUGCCAGUUAAUUUGUUCUCGCUAAUGAUUAGCUAAGUGUUCAGUAUAAAACACUUUCUUCUCCUUUGUUGAAAUGAAGUUAUGAGCAAACAGAUUCUCUUUAUGUGUACAGUACCAUUGUUCUGCAUUUCUGUGGAAGCACUGCCCUCUGUUCCUCAUUGUGUAGAUGGACAUUGUUUGAAGGGUGUCGGAAUCGGUGUGCCAUAUAGGAAGAAGGACUUGUGUCUCAACAUUUUGGGCUAAAUUUGACCCUUUUCACACUAUUGAGCC